AUGUCCGGGAACAAAGCUGCUUGGAUCAGUGCGCCAUCCGAUUAUCCCUUCCAAGUUAAGGAGGCAUGUAUGCCUACAGCAGGCCCGGGUGAGAUUGUCAUCAAGAAUGCCGCGGUUUCUAUUAAUCCUGUUGAUUGGAAGAUUCAACAUCACGGCAGGUAUUUAUCAGAGUACCCUUUUAUCCUCGGAGAGGAUGCUGCUGGCAUAGUUGAGCAGGUUGGUGCCGGAGUCACACGGUUCAAGAAGGGCGACAGGAUCAUUGCUCACUGUCCUGGUCUCCUUACGAAAAAUCCGGCAAAUUCGGCAUUCCAGCAUUAUCCCGUGGCGAUGGACAAACUAGCCUGCCCCGUCCCUGAAGGGAUGACAUUUGAGGAGGCUGUAGUUCUUCCGUUGGCCAUCUCUACUGCCAGUGCCGGGUUGUACGAUCCAGCUAUUCUUAAUUUACCACUGCCAAACCCGAACCCGACCGGCUAUGACGAGUCUACUGGAAAGACAAUCUUGAUUUGGGGCGGUGCGUCCUCCGUCGGGGCAAUCGCCAUCCAACUAGCUGCUGCAUCUGGAGCAACCGUUAUCACUACGGCGUCUCCUGCGAACCAUGAUUUUGUUCGUUCCCUCGGCGCUAGUCAUGUCUUUGACUACCGGUCGGCCUCCGUGAUUGAGGACAUAGUGAGAGUUCUCAAAACCACACCCAGUUACGGUGUUUUUGACGCCAUCGGUGGAGACGCUAGUUUCGACGCUACCUCAGCAAUUCUUGACAAGCUUGGGGAGUAUUUACCCGUCGCAACCGUCAUUGCCACCGAUAGGGUCACCGACAAUUACAAACCAAAGUAUGUCGUCGCCUUCUCGAUUAUCCAGGAACCCACAAAGCAUAUCGGUGAAUGGAUAUGGUGCAAUUAUAUCCCCAAAGCUCUGGCAAAUGGGUCAUUUAAAGCAAAGCCAGAUGCGUCGGUGGUAGAACAUGGCUUAGAGAGCAUUCAAGGAGCCCUCGAUGUUCACCAGAAAGGUGUUUCUGCAAAGAAAAUAGUUGUCACACUUUGA